ACUAUGAAAUAGUGUCACGCCUCUAUACACAUGUAAUGUGAGCAGAACUUCUAACCACGACGGAGGUGUUUCCUGACAGUGGUGGAAAUAUCGUUUUGGGUUUAUGACGUUCGGAUUCACCAAUCCAUUUUUCUUACUGCACUGAAGGAGCAUCAUUUUAUAUUUUUUAUCUCUUUCUUGGGUUUAUUUGGCGUGUGUACGAAUUAAAAGGAAACGUUUUGAAAAUUGAAAGAAUCAUCUCAAGGAAUCGCAAAGCGGAACACCAUAUAAUCGAGGUGAGUCAACGUACAAUUACAAUGCGUUAUUUGACGUGUGUUAACAGAAGGUUCCUCAUGACUCACUUAAGUAUUGUAGAAUCAGUCUAAAGGGUUCAAAGGAUUUGUGUUUGGUGCUCUAAUGGAAUAAGCCUUUGCACAUGUCAGUCAAGAGCACACUUUGUUCUUUGUUAUUGAGAAAUCGGUCAUUUGUCACAGCUCACAUGCACCGCUCAUAGCUAGGUUAAAAACGUUUUCAGAAAAGACUUUUCGACCAUUUUUUCGGAGAAUGUCGUAGAUGAGCUGGCUUUCCAAGUGUUAAGCGACCUGUUGUUACAUAUUUCUGCGCUUCAGUGCCGUUGACGCCAUUUUUAUGUAACCGACAAUAUAACCAAGAGACAAACGCGCGCCGAGUACUUGCGACAAAUUUAUCUGUUACAAAUCCACAGGUGUUUCAUUCAGGAACAGGCACGAUAGAUUUGGCGAUAAAUUGUAGCGCUGAUCCCUUUAUUUAGCCAGGAAAUAAAGGAAAUCUUUCGAAAUAUUUUACAUAAAAAAUAUUACCGUGCGAUAAAUCGGGCUCAAAANGUUACAUAUUUCUGCGCUUCAGUGCCGUUGACGCCAUUUUUAUGUAACCGACAAUAUAACCAAGAGACAAACGCGCGCCGAGUACUUGCGACAAAUUUAUCUGUUACAAAUCCACAGGUGUUUCAUUCAGGAACAGGCACGAUAGAUUUGGCGAUAAAUUGUAGCGCUGAUCCCUUUAUUUAGCCAGGAAAUAAAGGAAAUCUUUCGAAAUAUUUUACAUAAAAAAUAUUACCGUGCGAUAAAUCGGGCUCAAAAUUUCUUGUGGUUUGUGUCAAAAGGUUCCUUUGUGUUCAAACAAACACAAAAGCGGCAACAUGAUUUGUUCCCCCAUGCAUGUCGUUUUCACUGUUUAUUUCGAUCUGUGUCAUGCUAACUUCAUGCCAGCAAUUCGUGUAUUUUGCCCAACAGAAGAGAACAAAACUUUCACGCACUUCGUUCUGCAGUGUUCGCACGAUGAGUUUUUAAUUAGAUAACCGAGCAGCAUUGGAGGAACCUUGUUGAUAUUUGAUAAACACGAUUCUUGUGCCACAUGUCGGCUUGAUCAAAGAUUCUUGAAUUGUGUUUACAAAACUUUUAACUGUUUUCUCUUUGCAUGCCCGGGGAGAAGAAAAAAUUCAGCUUCUCUCACCAGAUUCGUAACAAGGAUUUAAUUUCAUUUGUUUGUCUUUGUCAUUUUACGAGUGAAAAUUGGCUUUGCUUUCAAGCACGAUUUUAUUAUUUCCGGUGGUUUUGGAAAUUUUGUGAAAAGACUGCGAAGAUUUAUAAAGAUUUCGUGACUUCCAUAAACAACGGCAAUUUCGAUCGGAUUGAUCGGCCAGUCGGCAGGUGUUGACCGUCUGAUUUUGGUGUCACUGUUUUUCCUGUUUGGCUCUUUCUUUUUUUCUUUUUGUCUGCACGUGUCGUAAUUCCCAUCAUUUGUGGAAGAACAGAGGAGGAAAGCUGCUACGCAUUUUUCUGGUUUUAUAAACAGCCCGCAUAGUCCUCAUCUAUUUCUCAAAAUUCAGGAUACGAAGAUGACAACUUUUUGUUUUGACUCAAAAGCUCUGUUGACUGCCCGUCUUAACAGCGACUUUAGCUAAUAAAGCGGUAUCUUGCGCAAGAUUUCUUUAAUAUCUCCGUAAAUGGCACGUUUUCCAAAAGACAAAACAAUCCUUUAUUCGGGUACUUUGAGACCUCAAGGAGCGUAGGUGAAAUAGCCCUCGGCUAAGUCUAAUUGCACUUACCUGUCAAAUGUUUUUUCUGCAACUGGCAUUAAGAAAAUUGGUUGUGCUGUUAACUAAAGGCAUUUGAUAGUUAAAACAAUUUGAGAGAUACAUCGACGGAGGGAAAGUUUUUGUUUUGGACGUAUUUUUUCGCUGUUCAAUGCGAUAUGUGUUGACAGUAAGUUUUUGUCAUGUCACCAAGCCAUUUUGUUUCCAAUUUGUGUCAAAUUUGUUUGAAGCAUCUGAUUUGCUUCAGGCAUGCUGUCGUUUUUAUUUGAACAAUGAACACAAAAAAGUUUGCCAUAGAUGAAUAUUAAAGAAAAAAUGCUUGAAACAGUCACAUUCCUAAGAUCAAAAACAUCAAUUUCACAAUUCAAGUAAUUUAAUCCGCCCUUCUUGCCGAAAAUUAAGGGGAUUACAAAUUGUCGGUAAUUGAACCGUGAACAAACAAGAAAACGGAAAUGGGACAUUUACAUUUUGUUUUAAAUAUCUUUUUGUAGGUUGUCACUGAUCUUUUCCUUUGAUCCCUUAUUAUUUGUUGUUUAUACAACGGAAAUUUUUGACUUUCCGGUGCAAAUGGAACAGAAUGAUUUAAUUUACACCGGUCCGUAGCUAGAGGUUUUGCUAGAAAGACUUGAGUGAAUUGUUUUUAUUCUCUCUUUUAUCAAACUUUUCAUCAUAAGAGAGCCACAACAAUGGACCUUUUAGCAGUUAAAGUGGUAUUGAAGACCACUUCUAAAUUUCAAAGCAAACACCUCCUCGCUGACCUGAUAAUCAUCAAAUCGAAACUCCAGAAAACGGCAUAUUUGCAGUAGUAUUGUUUUAAGAAGAACAGGAGCCAACUUAACAAUGGAAAAUAUAGAUUUUAAUCGGAGUAGCACUUGUAAAUUAAGUCUAUAAGAAGCCAUAAAUGGUACAAAACUUUGUUGCCAGAAUUAUUUUUUGCGACAUUCCACAAUACCUGCUAUCUUCUUGAUACAAACAUUGAGCUUUUUCUCUAAAUUAACACCACAAUUUUAAAACAAAAAUAAAUAUUUAGGGGCCAUCAGGAUGUGCCCUUCAAAACAAACCAUAGAAUAAAAAUAUUUUGAGACCUUGAAAAAUUCUUGAAGGUUUUGCAUGAUUAAUUUUGAUUUGUGCAGGUCUGCCAAAAAAAAUUCUUUUUUUUUUUUAGAAAGGACAUGAUAGAAUUGUGAUUGUUAAUAAUAAUUUUUUAAGCAGGUGGCUCGAAGAAAAAAUCCAAGGUAGUAAAAAAAAUUGUUGUGCCGAAGUUCAUCAUCCUUCCAGUCCUAGCAAUAUGCAAGGUGUUUGUCACAUGAAUCUAAUAGCCCACGUUUGAUAUAUCAAAAUUCUAACGUGAUCACUCCCAGGCUUUCUGGUCAUAUUACUAUAUUUGGUUUGGUUUUCUUUGUACUCUAGUCUCUCCGGGGAUUUGCAAGACAAUGGAGUCAUGAAAAAAUUGCAAUUUUGUUCCUAAAGCCUCAGAGUCAUGUUAGAAUUUUAAUGUUAUUUUUAUAUUGAACGUGGGUUAUUUAGUGGACUUAGCUCCCUAAGUCUCCUGUAGCUCAGUGGUAGAGCAUCUGGACUAGUCAGCAACCAGAAGGUCAUGGGUUUGACUACUCUUGGAAGUACUCAGGUUUUUUUCUUCCAAGCUGCCUGUGUUACUGAAUGAAAUAAACAUCUUUCCUUUAGAAAGGACACAUGUCCGACCAGCUGGUCACCAUUUCAGGCGGACAAACCAGAAAAAUUAUAGGAGAUUCAUUACCUGGACCUUUUAUUUUAUUUUUUAAUGAUUUAAAAUGACAGCCUUAAUUAGUAUUUGAUCUGUCCGGUUAUUAUGUCUGGCUGCAAGUAGGAUUUUUUAGGGCCGGCUUGAGCAAAUUUAAAGUUGGACAUUGUCCGAUGAUUAACAGUAGUGUUAACUGGCUCAACUUUUCAUGUGACCAUUCACACACAAGCAUUUCAGUGUAAAGCACUGAAAACAUUGACUGUUUUACUUCAGAAUGCCCCUGGCUUUAUUUGGUAUAUUUAACUGACCUGAUCUUGAAGUCGUCAUUGAUACAAAAUAUUUAAUCUGGUUGGUUUUUCUUUGGUGCAAGAUAAAGAUAGCAGGAGCCCCACGAAACAGGGGCAAAUAAACAGUGUGUUCAGUGGAGUGGAGCUUUAAAAAUCUCAUGAGAAAAUGGAGUUUAUGAUUGGAAGAGGCUUAUGUUGGUUUUCGUAGAGGUAGCAUGUAUGUUGUGCAUUUACCGGUAGCUUGCUCAUUUCACUGAAUUAUUAAGCACUUCUAUUAAAACUUUCAUAUGCAUGGUUUUUAUUGAUAUUAUUUGAUGUUGUAAGAGGAUCAGUUUUUAUGUCCCAUCAUGUUUUUUCAGGUGUAAAUUUCAUUUUAAUUUGUUUUCAUUUACUAAAAUGUUUAUUGCUAUGUGGUCAUGUUACAGUUUGUCUGUUGGGGUACAGUGUCUGUGAAGCUGCAGAUAUUAAACCUGAAGAGACUAGGUCUUUGAGCUGUCUCUGAUUGUAUGGGCAAUAGGGAAUCAGUCAAGACUAUAUAAUAAAUUUUUAUUCUCUGUCAGAAAGAGUGAAAGUAGCAGAUUUUUUGUGAAACAUUUUGAAGUGAGCCCCACUUAUGACAUUCCAGAAAAUGGAAGGAAGUAUUAUUAAUUGCAUGGAGAGUAUUUGCAUAGUGUGCUAUUUCUGUUUUUGAUAACACACACUUACUGUUUUAAAUUCAUUACCUUCAGGUGAGCUGAUUCCAUUCACUGUUCUCUUCAACAAGGGACACACCAACUUGGUGUUGAUAGACUCUCUAACAACAAGAUGGGAGAAAUGUAUGUGAUAAUAACAACAAGAAACAUUCUAUGGAUGGUACUAUCUUUAGUUGCUGCUUUAGCAGUCAUCGUUGGGAUCAUGACACCUAAGUGGCUAUAUGGACGUGCAGAACCAUUUGUGGGUGACUUGAAGGUUAACUCUACAAAAGAUAUCAACUCUGACUUGUGGUACCAACCUUCCAUUGGGAUUUACAACCGCUGUAGAAAAAUUCAAAGAUCCAUUGGUGGUGAUCCUGAGUUAAACUGUUAUAAAUAUGCCAGAAGCUUCAUGGAGAUACCUUCAGCAGCAUGGAGGGCUUGUCUGUUUUUUCUCUGUUUGGGAGCAUUUCUUCUAGGAGUUGUUGCAUUAAUGUCAUUAAUCGGAUUCUGUGUGCAAAGUGUUGGAAGGAAGUCUAUCUUCUCACUUGGGGGAGUGAUUCAAGCAAUGGCAGGUAAUUUCACCAUUUAGUUUAAUGAAUAUGCUUGAAGCAAGGUUUUAGCCAGAAGAGUGUCCAACCGUCCUACGGACACCCAUUUUUGGAAGAAAUAUAAGAAAAAUCCACCUAAUCUCUUAUAAUUUUAUGGGAAAACAUCCCUUCUAGACGGCCAGGUUUUAAUUUCUGGCUAAGGGCCUAGCUUGAGGUCAAAGUAAAUAGCAAUUUUUAAACCCCCACCUCCAUAUAAAGUGGAACUGGUGUCUAAAAUCCUGCCAUGUACAAAAGUCUUUGGGACAGUAAUGCAGUAUUUGGUUUAAUGUUCUGAAAUUUCUGGGUUCCCUGUCAUAAAAUUCUCAGUGCAUCCUUUUGGAAAUUUUCUUGUGGUUCUUCCUUCCCCACCCUAUACAAAGUUAAAACCAAGCAAAAAUUAUGGAUGCACACAUUCAUUGUUGUUUGUGGGGUAAGGGGGAGGUUGGGCAUGUGUGAAUUAAUUGAAAAACGCCCCAUUGUAAAAGUGUCAUAAGACUUUAGUCCAUGAUUAUAGGCUCAGGUGGACAAAACUGGGGAAAAAUUGACCGUUGAAUGCACAGAAUUCAUAAAAAACUGCUAACUAGUCAGCGGGGGUGUAUAUAGGCCUUUAGAAAUAUAAGGAUAUGUAUGAUUUCAUAAAUCAUUAUAACUUAUUUGACAAAAAAGAAUGCUAGAAAUUUUGACUCUAUAAGGUUAUUCAAAACUGUGAAGGCACCCUUCUGCCAUCAAACCCAAAUCAAAAUUCAGAAGCAGCGAAUCAUGAAUAAUUGAAACCAAGUGGUCAUAAUUACAAUAUUAUUCGAGAUUUUGAUAUUAUUGUAAUGCUGGCAUUUAUCAGACACUUCUUGCCUUCGUAAAGACGCAGUGGAGUAUAUCAUUUGAUUUUUUACUACUAUCAUGUGCUUGAUUUCUGCCUAUCUUUAAAAAAAUCAUUAGUUUGUUUUACUUCUGUUUCUGCAGCUCUCUUUCUCGUCAUUGGACUCAUUCUUUAUCCAGCUGGUUGGGGCAGUAAAACAAUUGAUGAAUUGUGCACUCGACCACUUAUUCAGAAACCUGGAGUGUUUGUAAUCAAUGAUUGUUCACUUGGAUGGGCUUUCUUUGUGGUGCUUGGAGGGACACUGUUGUCAUUUCUGUGUUCCUUGUUAUCAUCUCAAGCAGAGAAGUCCACGUCAAGUGAUGAUGUUCAGGACCAGAUAUCUGAUGGAAGGACAGUGAUCUGUUUAAUUUAG